AUGUUUUUUUUUCGAAGGUUUUAUGGUAUUCAGAGGAAAAAUAAUUAUUUGAACAAGGUUAAUAUUGGUAAAAGUGCUGGAAAAUUUGUAUUUAAGAAGGCUAAUAUGGUUGAAGUUAAGAAUCCUGUUGUUUGGAUUGAUUGUGAAAUGACUGGUUUGAACCAUGUGAAUGAUCAUAUAAUCGAGAUUUGUUGUAUUGUUACUGAUGGCGAUAUGAACGUUGUUAAAGACCCUGGGACUGGCGAGGAUAAUGUUUAUGAAAGUGUUAUUCAUUACGAUGAGGAAGUGAUGUCCAAGAUGAAUGAAUGGUGUAUUGAUCAGCAUGGCAAAAGCGGGUUAACCGAGAAGGUUUUAAAGUCUAAUAAAUCUUUAAGUAGGGUUCAACAAGAACUUAUUAGACAUGUUAAGAAAUAUAUCCCUGAGCCAAACAAGGGUGUCCUAGCUGGUAAUUCGGUUCACAUGGAUAGGUUAUUCUUGAUUAAUGAGUUCCCAAGCUUGAUCGACCAUCUUUUUUAUAGAAUUAUCGAUGUUAGCAGCAUCAUGGAGGUUUGCAGAAGACAUAACAAUCCUUUGAAUUCUGUGGUCCCUAAAAAAAUAUCAAGCCAUACUGCAAAAAGCGAUAUAAUUGAAAGUAUUAAACAACUUAAGUGGUACAUGAAACAUUAUUUCAAAAGUACCGAAGAGACAAAAGAUUUCGUUAAAGAACAAGAAGAUAAUAUAGCCAAAUUAGAGAAACAAGACUUAAAAUCAAAAGAGUUAGCAGAAACUGCUAAUACAGAAAAAGCUGAAUAA